AUGGCAGCAGCAGGGCUCGGCAGGGCUGCUGCCCCUAUGCUCCGGCAGUCCAUCAGCCGUUGCCGACCAUUACAGCUCUACAAGCAGCAGCGGCGAUGGGCAGAGGUGCAUGACAUCCGCUUCCUCACCACGACGCGCCCGCGCCAAAACAUUGCAGAAAAGUACCGCGAGAAGCUUGACCGCAAGGCCAAGUCGGAAGGACUCACCGGUAUUGACGAGCUGAAGGAAGCCUACGCCGACAAGAUCAAGGAGCAACGAAGAGCUGCCGCCGCCAUCGCUCCGCCUGGGUUGGACAAGAUCUUGGCCGACGAACCUGCCGCCCGAGCUACUCAAACUACCCAAUCGGAUUCCAACGCGGCAGGCACACCUAUAGAACAAAGCAGCAACUCAUCAUCAACAUCAACGGAAAAGGACAGCAGCGGCUCAUCACAAGUGAAGCCCCUCUCCGCAAUCGUCGACCUCCCCAAAGUCCGCCAACUCCCCGUCCCCGAACUGACCGAGAUCUGGAGGCUCCUGCACACGACGGAUCCCAAGAGCCUUUGCGCCGUCGUUCCCGCCCCUACCUACCAGGCCAUGGAGGCUCUCGCCCGCCAGCGGCCGCAGUUCGUCCUCCCCGUGCCGCACCCGGAGCAGGGGGCCGAGAUGCACUUUUUGCAGUGGACAUUUGACGCGGCCACGGGGACCAGCACCGUGCUUUUCACGCAGCUGGCUGAGUACAAGAACCGUGGCGAGUUUGCGCAGCCCCACACGACCGUCACGCAUCACCCGGACCUGGCAGACGAAAAGGGCGUCGUCCUGAUGCAGGGCAGCAUGGUCGAUAACAGGGGGGUCAAGAUAGCCGACGCGCAGUGGCUCGUCAUGUGCCUGCAGCGCUUCUACGGCGGCUGGGACCCAGCGGUCUCAGCAGGCAGCGGCAAGCUCCAGAGUGAGGAGAGGGCCAAGGCCAGGCGGGAGCUGGUCGAGUGGUUCGGGACGGGCAAUGAGAACUUUAGCAUCGAAAAGCUGCUAGCGGAGGCGGAAAGGUUGGGUUGA